AUGAACCAGUGCUCCGAACAGCUAGGUAAACCUUUAGAAUGCAUUAAUCUUGUUUUGUACAUCUUUCGCGGCAGACCCCUGAAACCCACCGAACUCCUCACAGACCGAAAUAUCACCGAGAAUGGAAAGAUUGUUGGCGUUCUUCGUCCUACUCCACCCUCUUCUUCACAGCCUCAAAAGAAUGAGGCUGCUUCCAAAACUCCAACUCAGUCUGUAUCAGAGCAGAAGCCUUCUUCUCCAGUUGUUCAAGCUCCAUCAGUUGCUUCCAGAGCCCCUACCACGUUCCCUCGACCCGAAGACUCCAUUCAGAGUGAUCAUCCGGUAGCUCAGCUGAUGCGCGAUCGCAUUCAAAGUGCCUUCGCUGACAAUUCUCUCUCUUCGUUCUCCACAAACGCAGACACCACGGACGGGAUGAGCGACGAAGCAUACGCGAUGCAACAGCUGGGAUUGGCGGAGUAUCGCGAGGCUUUGGAAGAGUGCGUGCGAUUCCCCAUCAGGGUUCAGCGGUUUUUAAGCCUGAUCAGUGAGAAGGACGAGCGCCUGUAUAAUAUCAUACAGAAUAACCGAGAACUCCUCGCUGAUUACAUAAUGAAGUUGGAACCGGCGCCGAGACAACCGAGAGGAAAUCAGGUCGUGUUGGAACAAAAGGACAUGGAUUGCAUUCGACAGCUCAUGGAUCUCGGCUUCUCGCAGCAGGAAAGCACGAUCGCGUAUCUGUCGUGUGAUCGGAAUAUGGAGUUGGCAGCUUCGUUCCUUUUUGAGAAUCAGUGA